UUCCCAUCAUCACUUCAAUCACAUUCGACGUUUGUCAACUCUACACUUCUUCACAAAACACCACAAACGCCAACAUGAGAAAUGUCGUCCAGCUCUCGCGCGCCGUCGCGCGCCACGCGAGCGUGCGCGGGCUAUCUACUUCCGCGACCACCCGCGGCAAGACGUACGAGCGCAACUACGAGGUCGACCCCGGAUGGGAUCACAAAGAUGCUACGGCCUCUGAAGCCGCUGUCAAGGCUGACAACGACCCGGCGUUGCCCAACAAACCUCAUGCUGAGCUGCAGGCGGAGACUGCUUGGCAACUCACCCACCAGCGCCGUGUCCAGAACGAAAAGGAUGAGGCCAAGGCCCACAUCCAGACUGAGAGUGAGGCUGAAGUGGGGGCCGACCAGGGCAAGAAAUAAGCUAGAAAGGUUGAGGGAAGGAAAGUAUCGACUGGGGAUAUGCAUCGGUGCUGAAAAUGUGACCUUCUCG